AUGCGGAGAGGAAGGCCACCGAUCCAGUGCACCGAGGGCGACAGACUGGCCAUUCGACGGGAGAAGGUCAGGUUAAAUGUCCAGGCACACAGACAGCGCCAGAAAUUGAAGAAGCAGCUUGAAUCCCUCGGUACGCCAUGCCAGCCGAGAUUCCGCUGGGUUCAGGAAACAAAGUGGCAGUCGAAGAAGUCAACGGACAGCCGCGACCAGAGUCAACUGGAGGGCUCUGUGACACCACGCCAUGAGAGGUAUCCAGAGUUCGAGUGCACUCUACCGAACCAUCCAAGACCUGCAAAACAAUACACGCUCGCCCUUCUGGCCUUGUUUCGAUCAAGGCUUUUGCCAGACCGUGUGACUUUACCGUGUCCAGGACCUCCAGGGCAGCGGUUGACAACCCCAUGCGUUCCUUGGGUGGUGAAAGGUUAUGAGCUGGCUGCUGUCAAGGAGAAUCCUCUCGUGAUGGGCAUGCUUCAUGCGCUAGGGCUUGCCUUGCUUGGAGCCGAUCAUCAGCGCGAGGACAUCCUUCGGGUUGCGCUGCGCACCUACCAGACGACACUUGCGGCGGUCAGUCGGCAACUGCAACUCCUAAUGAAUGAUUACAACCGCUGCUCCAACGACUGCCUGGCAUUGAUCCUAUCAUGCCACGCCACCGCAAUGUUCGAGAUGAAUGUCAGCAAGUCGAUGCCUGAUAUGCUUCGCCAUGUCCGUGGCCUUGGUUCCUUGUUGGUCCAUCGCUUUCUUCAGUCACAAUCAAUACCGGAAGAGAUGUACGAUUUGGUGGAAGAAUAUCGACUGUUCGAAACUGUAUUUUGCCUCAUCAAUCGCCAACAAUCGGUGCUUGUCGGAACAUCCCUAUGCAGAGAAGUCAAAGGUCCCAGCAAACCAGAUCUGGGAAAUUGCCAUAUGAGCCCAUUCAGUAAAUUGGUUCACCUUGCCCGCCAUGUCCCUCCGAUCAUGGUCUACUUGGACGAGUUGAAGUCCCGCGCUUUAACCAGCGACCAAGAACGUGGAUGGAUCAGCGAGUCAUUAGAGACGCUGUCAGAUGUGAAGACUGGGUUGGAAACGUGGUCUGAAGACUUUCUCAGAAAUGACGCUCAUUCAGUCAUGAAGUCGACGUCGUACAUUUCUGGGCACGGCGAUCUCGAACCCCCGAGCCUUGAUGUAGUCGCAGCCUGGACGUUUUACCUUUCAUUCAAAGUAUACGCCCUCGAAACUUACAUUUCCGUGCUCGAGUAUAUGACGUUGACCCAACCGUCCGCAACCAAAGUCGAGCCAUACGAGGACAGGUGCGGCACGAUUGACGCCCAGCUUAACAGUCCUCAUGAAAAGAUAAUGCUCUCACGCUCAGAACUACUCGAGACCGCAAAGCUUCUCCUGCGGUCUUUGCCGUACUUUUCAGAGUCCAGUUUAGGUUAUAUCGGACGCUCGCUAGUCGCAUUCCCUCUGGAAACUGUGAAGCGGGCUUUCCUGCACGAAUUCGAGCGACAGUCGAGCCUCAGAUUGACGGCGAGCGAAGUCCCGCAGUUGAACUUCGUGGAUUAUAGGACUCACGAUAUCAUCCAAGGCCUGGUAGCCUGGAAGCAGAUUGCCGCCAAUGCCAAAGCUUCUGGAUGUGCGUUGUUCUCUGAUUAG